AUGGGGCAGAGCCGCCCGCUCCGCCACCCGCCGCUAGGGCGGUCGGCCCGGCCCGGCCCGGGGAGAGCGCGCCCCCUCCCCGCCGGCGGCAGGCGCGCGCCCGUACCGGCCCCGGGCGCGGCCCCGCGGGCUGCGGGCAAGGCUCGCCCCGCGCAGCUCCCCAAAGGCGCCGGGCGCACAACGCCGGCUGUCAGCGCGGCCGCUGCCCGCCCUGCGGCCUCUCCUCACCUCCCCCCAGGCCUGGGAAACCAGGUCAGGUGCGGCAGGAUCUGCGCCGGGGCGCUCCCGAGCCGGCGGGGAGGCAGAGGCAGGCUCAGGCCGCUGCGGACGGGCCCAGGGGGCGCGGGGAACCUGAGCGCAGCGGGCACGGCCCGGGGGGCCGGAAGCCACGAGGUGACAAAAAGUUCGGUGCCAUUCUUCCCUCACAUUAAUGCUGCUGAGGCAGACCCCGGCUCAGAGAGGGAAUUCUCCCGGAGUCAGGGGAGAAUGGACCCCAAGCACUUCAUUAACUCUAUGCAAAAAGCUUCACCAUGGAAAUAUCACCACUAUAUGCAUCAUUCUUUGAAAAUUUCAUAUUCAGUUGACACAUAUUCUGCUUAUCCUGUGUACAGCAAACAAAACAACAACAGACCCUUGUAACUACAAAAACACACAGAAGAAUGAUGAUGUGAAAGAUAUCUGUUUUUCAUUGUUCAGCUUGCCACAGAGUUUUUCUUUUCACCCUAGAGAGAUGUUUCUGGUUUCUUGGCCUUUCUUACAAUGACAUAAUGCUGAUUUCACGAAUAUCCAUGAAUUUAGGAACUCAAUGUACUGGUUGUUUCAACAAACAGUAAUCAACAUUAUUUCAAUUGAAAUAUUAGAAGAACUAAUAAAAGAAUUAACUGGAGCAGUUUGAUUUAUCUCAACAUUGCAAAAACUGAAAGGGGGAAAGUGACUUUUCCUAAUAUUUUUUUUUUUGCGGUUUGAGCUGUUGAUUCCUGUUUUGCUGGCUUGCUUGUUUCACAGGCUCUUUUGAAAUACAGUUGUCAAUGUUAAUUAAAGAGGACUGUCUUGUCUAUUUUUCAGACAGAAAAAAAAAUGUAUUUUAUUUAUAAAUUUAGUCUCUGCUAUAAAUCAAGAUAUUCUACGCAUCUUUGUCAAUAGGAAUUAAACUUUUAGAAUUGUCAGUAAAUUAUGAGAGCACUAAGAGCAUACAGGUAAAAUUAAAACCAUUAGCCAUUAAACCUACAUCUCUCUUAACAGUGAUCCCAAGAUAAGGUUACUCCUGAAAUAAAAUAUUUUGCAACAGAAGGGUGUUAGACAGCAUGCCUAGGGAAAUAUUACUGUUUGGCUGUGGAUCGCCUUUAGAACUGUCCUAGUGUUGUAAGUGUUUGAGAUCUCCCAGCUAGGAGAAGAUUGCCCAGAUUACAUAAUAAAGACAACUGCCACUCUGUUUUCUCACUGCUCAGCUUCUGUCCAUAGGCAAUGGUAGGAAAAUUUCCAUGUCUGUUGCUUAGACCUGCUCCCCUUGCAAUUACAGGGUAAGGCCUGUGCUUGCAGUUACAAAACAGCUUUUGUCAGGAGGACAGCAGUUCGUUCCCAGCUUCCCACAGUUGUCUCCUGUUCUCAGUCUCACCACUAUGGAGUGUUCCUGUCAUCUGCCACUGGUCAGAGGGGAGCAGCUGCUGGGGCAGCACUGCCUGCCUGGCACACCAGGCUCCAUUCUUAACUGUUCCACAGGUACCACCACAGGAAACACUAUCAAUUACAAAUCUUGGAUUAGUUAUCAAUAGUAUUUAAUUAACCUUGGUCCUUAUGCUUGUUUUAUUUCAUCUGGUGUUAUUCUAAUUCAUCCUCCAUUAAAAAGACAACAGCUAAGCCUACAUCUGUGUUCCCUUCAGGAGGAUCUGCCAUCUCUCUUCUCAUGUCUGAGUUACUGAGCUCAAGUCUCACAGAAUUCAAAGAUCACAAGAAAGCAGAUUAGUGUAGGAAAAUACCACCAUAUAUUAUAACACUGACCUUCUUAAAAACAAUGUAUUGCUUUGGAGAGUUGCCAUUUGCAUCACACACAGGAAGCAUUAAUAUAUGAAAAUAUGCUAUGAGCAAUGAAACCAUAACAAGUUUCUUCCUGAAUCUGUUGAUUAAUGAUAAUUUAGUGUGAGGGGAAGAAAGCAGUGGCAGUAAACUGGCCUUCAACAGAUGAUGGAAAAGGACCUAAAUCUAAUAGGUAUAAAUUGUCAUAGCUCUGCUUAACUGAUGAUUCAGUUCACAUUAUAGUGCCAAAAUGAUACACAGGGAGAAGACAGAAAUAACAAUUUCAAGAUCCUUGUUUCAGGUGUUACACUGGUAGCCUUAACAUCCCCCUGCAGAGGUCACAGUACAAAUGAAUCCUGCUCCUACCACUGUGGGCCACAUGCUGGACCUUUGCCAUGACUGCACUAUGCUGGCAAAGUGUUAGUGACGAGAGGGAAACUGCACUAGACCUGAGAGUGUCAUGUUCUGUCUCCUUCAAGGCGUGUCACCCCAUUCCUACAUCCACCUCUGUGACUACCAUCAGGGUCACACCCAUGUCUGCAGCAUAUUGCACACCAGAGCAAUAUCAAUGUGGAGAAUUAGUGACAAGGAUCCUUUCAGGCACACUCCAGCUCCAAAGCUGUGACUUCUCUAUGUCCAGUGAGGGACAAGGUGGCACAACAGGAAGUCACCUCCCUCAGACAAAGACCAUUUCAACACACUCCCAAAAAGGAAAAGGCUUUGCUAGUCAACCCCCACCACUCCUGUACUUCAAAGUCAUCUGGCCAGAUGGAAGCCAGGACAAAGAUCCAAGUGAAGACAUCUUCACCAAAAGCCUUUGCCUUUAGAAGCAAGUUCCAUAUGUUUUAGCUACACUUGAAAAAUGAACAGCGUCUCUCAGUUGUCAAAAUCAUUGCCAGGCAUGAUUUCAAACCACCUUCUUUUCCCUGCAGUUUCCUACUCCUCUGCCUGGUAGGCAAUUGCUACAUCAGCAAUUCUGAUGUCUCUCACUGUUGCAUGGACAUACGCCUUCUUGUCCUUAUGCUUGACACAAACAAUUACAAAAACCUUUAUUAUCAUUUGUUUGUAAAGUGCCAGAGGUUUGUGUACGGGAAAAUAUAACAAUCGUACUGAAACAAGAAGUAAAGAAAGCAAAAAAACCAUUUUACUACUAUUAAUGUGGAACUACUGGGUAUCUUAUUUUGUGUUUAGGUAAGAUCACAGCAGCAGAAAGUCUGUUUGAUAUGCCAUACCUUCUGUUUGUUUCUUAAUUGUAAGGAGUUUGGUUUUGAUCAAGACAAUUAAUUAUGAAUAUACCUGAGUUUUCUAACAUCAGAGAUAAACCUUAAAAAAGAACUACAAAAGCUUUUUUAGACUAUAUUGUAGUGUAUGGAUAAGUAUAUAUCUUCAGGGCAUAAAAACAGACAUCUUUGUAAUUGAAUCCUGAAAUGGAGGGGGGGGGAAAACUACAUAAAACUGUGGUAGUUCUACACAGUCUUACACUUAAUAUGCAAUUGUGAAAAAUUAUUUAUUAAAUUUUGUGGCUGUACAGAA